AUGAUAUUUGUGUUCUUCGUCCAUUAUAUAAAAAAAUUUGCACUUGAUAUAUGGGAUUUUUAUUUACGUGAUUGUCCAUAUAAUUUUGAUAUAGCUCUAGCUGAACAUGAAGAACAUUUAAAGGGUGCAGAAUUAAAACAACGUACAAAAUGUAUAUCAGCUAUUUAUGAUGAUAUUAAAUGUCUUGCUAUUCAACAUGAUUUAUUACGUGAACGUGAUUUAUGGAAUUUUGAUGAACUUGAUUUUAUCAAAGAACUACAUCGGAUGCGUCAACGAAUCGUACGUAAUGAAGAUUUCUAUAAAUAUUAUUCAUAUCGUAUACCAGUUGAACAAACGUAUUUAAAGAAUGAAACAAAUCAAUCAUCAAUAGAACAAACUAUUCGAGAACAAGGUCAAACAUCGACAAAUGAACAAACUAAUUCAAAUAAAUAUUAG